AGUCCGUAUUCUUUGUCGGUAAACUGGUGGGGGAUGCUUUAUCAGGGAUACUUAGUGAUAGGUUCGGGCGGAAACCGACGUUUCUGGUUGCGGCAAUGUUAUCGGCAUCUGUGGGGAUCCUCACCGCCCUUUCUCCCAAUGUGAUAGUAUACAUAGUGUCUCAAGGUCUCCAGGGAUCACUCAGUGGCUGUAUAUUCCUGACUACAUUCACCAUUGGACUCGAAUUUGUGGGCCCAAGCAAACGAAAUUUGACUGGAUUUGGCGUUAUGUACUUCUUUAGUUUUGGUUACUUCUACCUCGUACUGUUUGCUUACUUCAUAAGAAACUGGAGACACCUCGCUCUAGUGCUGUACGUGCCUGCCUACCUGUUUGGGCUGUAUUAUUUCGUUCUUCCCGAAUCUUUCCGAUGGCUGCUGUCAAGACGCCGCACCGACGAGGCAGAGAAGUUGAUCCGAUCAGUUUCUAUGACAAAUAUCAACUCCGAGCCUGAUGAUGAGACUAUUAAGUCUGUCAUAGAGGACAAAGAUGAAGCGGUCACUUCUACUCGGACCUACACCCCUUUAGAUAUGGUGAGGACAUGGAAACGGACGGCUUUAACGGUUAAUGUGUGUUUUAACUGGAUGGUCAACAGCAUGGUGUAUUACGGGCUGUCACUGAACUCUGCAGGAUUAGGUGGUGAUCUCUACCUUAACUUUACACUGAUGGGUGCCAUUGAAAUCCCAGCCUACACUCUGGCUGUUUUCCUCAUCGACAAAAUUGGCAGAAGAAUGUCCUUGGUCGGAUUCAUGAUACUCGGCGGGGUGGCUUGCAUUGUUUCCGGCACUGUGCCGUCAGAUUUGCAUUGGCUUAUUAUGACAAUGGCAUUAAUUGGCAAGAUGGGCAUCUCUGCAUCGUUUGCUGUGAUAUACGUGUUGACGGCGGAGGUUUACCCAACAGUGAUGAGAAUUAUAGCUCUGGGCUUGUCGUCUACCUUUGCCAGAGUUGGCAGCGCCUUGGCUCCUCAAGUUAUUUUGAUAAAGGAGCCAUUUGCUGCACUGCCUUUUAUCAUCCUUGGAGCUGAGUCAAUCAUCGCAGGAUUGCUGUCACUUCUGUUACCUGAGACUGUGCGCAGGGAUCUCCCGCAGAACCUAGAGGAAUUUGACAACCUGUUGGAGUCUCCUAGGUUAGUCUACGAAGAAGCCAAACCUGGAACGAAAAAAGAGAAGGGUGAUAAGAAAGAUGAAGAAAUAAAGGAAGACAAAUCCGAAGAUGACAAAAAAAUGGAAAAGAUGCAAACACGACUAAUUAUAGCUCUGGGCUUGUCGUCUACCUUUGCCAGAGUUGGCAGCGCCUUGGCUCCUCAAGUUAUUUUGAUAAAGGAGCCAAUUGCUGCACUGCCUUUUAUCAUCCUUGGAGCUGAGUCAAUCAUCGCAGGACUGCUGUCACUUCUGUUACCUGAGACUGUGCGCAGAGAUCUCCCGCAGAACCUAGAGGAAUUUGACAACCUGUUGGAAUCUCCUAGGUUAGUCUACGAGGAAGCCAAGCCUGAAACGAAAAAAAAGAAGGGUGAUAAGAAAGGUGACGAAAUAAAGGAAGACAAAUCCGAAGAUGACAAAAAACUGGAAAAGAUGCAAACACGACUGUAA